AAAUGUUUCUUCUUAAUAAAACAAAGACUGGAUGGGCUUGUAAUGAUACAUAGAAAUGCAGAGCAGCAGAAGAUGAUGAGCUGAGAAGCUCUUGCAGUUCUUGAUUCUGUCGGUUGAUUCAAUUUGGGGUUUUGAUGGUCUGUCAGGGUUCGUUGAUUUCUUCUUUCUCUGGGGAUUGAAGAAAGAUGAAUACUAAAGGCAGGACCAAUCUGCAACCUAUGAAGGCUCCUAUGAAGAAGCUUGAAAAGGAAAAAUUGGAAGUGCAAAGUAGUAACAAGAGAAUGCCUACAAAUCGAAGAAAAGCUACCAGAGAGCGAAAAAUGGCAUUGCUUCAAGACGUAGAUGAGCUAAAGAAGAAACUAAGGCAUGAAGAGAAUGUUCACAGAGCUCUUGAGAGAGCUUUUACCAGACCUCUCGGAGCUCUACCUCGUCUGCCUCCUUAUCUUCCUUCAUCUACAUUGGAGCUUUUAGCAGAGGUAGCUGUUUUGGAAGAGGAAGUUGUGCGCCUGGAAGAGCAAGUUGUUCAGUUCAGGCAAGGGCUGUACAAAGAAGCUGUUUAUAUUUCAUCCUCCAAGAGAAACAUGGAGAGUUCGUCCGAGCAAUGUGACUUGUACAAAACACCCAAAUCCAAGCAAACAAAGCUCUCCCCUCAAAUUGAUGAUUGUGUGGCGAAAGAAGAUCAGCCGUACAAUUCUACGAAGCAAACUCAGAAAUCACCAAAGGUAAAAACUCAAACUGCCAGGCCAUCAUUGAAGAUACUUCCAUCUGUCGGGAAAAGAACCACAGAGAAGCGGUCAGAUCCUCAGAAGUUGCCUCAAGAGGGUAAAACAAUGGUGGAUCGUAGUAGUGCAGAAGAGAAGACUUCUUCCGGAGAUGACAGUCCAAACAAAAUAUCCGAGAACAUUGUGAAAUGCUUAUUGAACAUCUUCUUCAGAAUGAGCUCCAAAAAGACAAGGACUUCUAUGGAAACAAUAUCUUCACUUUCAACCAUGACAAAAUUUUCAGACAGUUCAAUGACCACAAAGUUUACAGACCCAUAUGCUAUCGGUUUGACCUAUGACACGCGAGACAUUGGCCCGUAUAAGCAUUUAUUUCCUGUUGAAGCUCCGUCUAUCAAUCCCAACCGCUCAACUGUAUCCGUGUUCCUAGUUCGCCGACUGAAACUUUUGCUUGAGAAGCUGGAGUCGGUACAACUUAAGAGCCUCACACACCAGGAGAAGCUGGCCUUUUGGAUAAACAUCUAUAAUUCAUGCAUGAUGAAUGCUUUUCUUGAAAAUGGAAUACCCGACGGUCCUGAAAUGGUCGUGGCCUUGAUGCAAAAGGCAACUAUUAAUGUCGGGGGACACUUGCUUAGUGCUAUAACUAUUGAACAUUUCAUCCUGAGACUGCCUUAUCACUCAAAAUUUACCUUAGAGAAGGGUAUAAAAAACAAUGAGAUGGCAGCACAGAGUAUGUUCGGGUUGGAGUUCUCUGAACCACUCGUCACCUUUGCCCUCUCUUGUGGGAGUUGGUCAUCUCCUGCUGUGAGGGUAUAUACGGCGCCGGGAAUAGAAGGGGAGCUAGAAGUAGCAAAGAGAGAGUACUUGGAGGCGGCGGUGGGGAUUUCGAGGGGGAAGAAGGUGGUGGGAGUACCAAAGGUGUUGGAUUGGUAUCUUCUUGAUUUUGCAAAGGACAUGGAGUCAUUGGUUGAUUGGGUGUGCCUCCAAUUGCCAGCUGAACUUGGAAAAGAAGCAAUUGGCUGCCUUGAGAAUGUGCCACUCUCACACCUCCAAAUCAUACCAUAUGAAUUUAGUUUCAGGUAUCUCUUAUGCAUCUAGUUUUUUGUUUUCUUUUUUUUUAGUUAGUUGAGUCAAUCAUGUACCUCCAUAGUUGAGUGGUUUUGGAGUAACUGG